CUUUUCCCUCUCUUCGCCAAUCAACCCUCUCUGUAUUAUUUCUUCAUUCCCCCCUUCUGCUGCAAGGCUCCUUCUGAAAAAGGGAGAUCGUUCCACUGCAUGUAGAAACCAGAGGCUGAAACUACUGAAGGUGCCAUGGAAGUGGACGAAAGCUUGCUGCAGACUGCUGCUGAAGACAUACUAGAGGAGUAUUUCCCCAGGCCCAGAAUCACAAAACCACCUUCUCAGAUUCCCCAAAUCGACCGAUCGAAGAAGCAGGUUCGAGAUUUGGAUGGUUUUCAAGAGUGGAGCAAGAGUGCCAACCGUGAUUCGGGCAGUUUGUCCCUUCAUGCUACACCAGGUGAUGAUGGUUGCUGUCACUGCGAGGAUGUUGGGAUGACAGAUGAGCAGACUAAAGCUUUUCUAAAUUCAAGAUUGAAACGAGGCAAAGGCAACAUUGGAUCGCAGGAGGGGGCUCAUCAUUGUUCAUGCUAUAGUGUUGGAUUAUUGGGUUCAAGGGGUGGACCAGAUGUAUGGUCGAGGCUAAAUGUAGGGAGAUGCCAUUCUAAGCCAGUUGCUGAAGUGAAGCCAUGGUUGAAUCUUUCAGAUCCCGUGGCAGCAUGGAUGAAUGGUGUUUAUGGACCCAAGAAGAGGUUGACCAGAAAACGCGAGGAAACCAUGGAUGUUGAUCUCACCCCCAAGCUCCCCAAGAAUGUCUGCGGAGGCGACGGUGGCUCCUACCAAGCCUGGUGCCCCGAUGACCUCGGCAUGCUCAAGCGCGGCAACAUCGGCGCCGCCAAGCUCGGCCUUCAGAAGAACGGACUUGCUCUCCCUCGCUAUUCCGAUUCCGCCAAGGUCGCCUAUGUUCUCCAAGGUGUAAUGGAGUGGCUGGAAUUGUUCUCCCGGAGAAGGACGAGAAGGUGAUCGGGAUCAGGAAGGGUGACGCCAUUGCGCUCCCUUUCGGCGCGGUGACCUGGUGGUACAACAAGGAAGACACUGAGCUGAUCGUCCUGUUCUUGGGGGACACCUCGAAGGGCCACAAGGCAGGUUCCUUCACGGAUUUCUACCUCACAGGGACCAAUGGCAUCUUCACCGGCUUCUCCAGCGAGUUUGUUUCUCGGGCGUGGGAUGUGGACGAGAGCACGGUCAAGGCGCUCGUCGGCAGCCAAUCCGGAAAAGGGAUCGUCAAGCUCGAUGGUUCGAUCAAGCUCCCCGACCCAAAGAAGGAGGACCGCGAACGCCUGGUCUACAACUGCGAGGAGGCUCCUCUUGAUGUCGACAUCAAGAACGGAGGAAGGGUGGUGGUGCUGAACACCAAGAACCUCCCCUUGGUUGCCGAGAUUGGGCUUGGUGCCGAUCUCGUGAAGCUGGAUGGCGGGGCCAUGUGCUCCCCUGGUUUCUCUUGUGAUUCUGCCUUGCAGGUGACUUACAUUGUGAGUGGAAGCGGCAGGGUCCAGGUUGUGGGUGUGGAUGGCAAGAGGGUGUUGGAGACUACCGUCAAGGCUGGCCAAUUGUUCAUUGUCCCCAGGUUCUUCGUUGUUUCGAAGAUCUGCGAUCCUGAUGGAAUGUCUUGGUUCUCAAUCAUCACCACUCCAAACCCGAUCUUCACCCACUUGGCUGGACGGACCUCGGUGUGGAAGGCACUGUCGCCGGCGGUGCUGGAGGCGUCUUUCAAGGUGUCGUCGGAGGUUGAGAAGAAGUUCAGGGGAACUAGGACUUCUGAUGAGAUUUUCUUCCCACCGUCCAAGUGAGCGAGCUUCUGCGAGCUGUAGGCAGAGAUAGACCUGCUGAACAUUAGCCAGUGUCUCUGCCGAUCAAUCAUUGCCAUGAGAAUAAAUAAAGAUAGGAAUCAGUAAAUUGUUAGGCUUAUGUUUUUCUAUUAUUGUUUCGGUUUCCUUCUCUGUUUGCUACAGUCGGAUUUCGGGUCCAGAUUUUGCUGUCUGUUCGGAUUUGACAAUUGAUUGGGAUUCUCCGUGAUAUUGUGCAUCAUUUCCAUAUCUGUUCCUUUCACUUUUGUUUUAGUGAGGAACAAAGAUAAUAUAUUUUUCUGCCAAAAAAGAGAAUCUAUUUAACCAUACCAUUGCACAUUACACAAGGAAGA